AUGUCAAAGUUAAUGCCGUUUUCUUUUGAAUGGGUAUACAGAAAAAUUGAUAUUUGCUAUACUUUACAGAAAGAAGUCAGUGAACAGCCAUCCACAGACUCAAAGCCGUCCUCAGCUACACCGACGUCCAUAGACGCAGACAAGAGUGUUGAGGAUGAUGAUGAUGAUGACUUCGACACUCAAAGCUCGCCACCUUCCUCUGGCGGUAGCAAUAUAUUCAGUCUGCUGAACUUGGCCACCGCGCUGUUCCCAGCCUCAGGAUCUGGUGGAACUAACGUUAAAAACAACAACAAAAUAUUAAAGCAGUUAAUAAAAGACCUACUACUUAUCAACAAAAGUCAAAUACGCGUGAUACAGAGACGGCAAGACAUUGCCGACAACGUGAUAGAUAUCGACUAUACCGCAGAUUUGAAACCUCCUCCUUUUCAAAAACAAGAGAUUGAUGAGACUGAUGAUGAUGACAGCAAUGGCAGUGAUUCUGGAGACUCGGAAGAAGAUAAUGGAGGUGGGGAGAGCGUUGAGAAGGAAAGCAAAGAGAAUGGAAAUGGAAAUUCUAAACAAGACUCUGAAUCAAACGGUAAUGGUGACGAUGAUGAUGAUGAUAAUGUUUCCGAUUACGAUGAACCACCCGGCGGGGAUGGACAAGGAGGUGGUAUUUUAGGCCUUCUUGCUGGACUGAGUGGCGAUGGUGAUUCGGAUUUGGGAACUCUUCUCGCAACUGUGGGUGGAAUAGUCGCCAACUUGAGUGGAGAUGGUGUUGAUAUUAACGCCAUUGUAGCAACUGCAUUAGGUCUGUUCGUUGGCUUGUUGUCUGAUGGAACCCAGAAUCCGGGAGAAAUCAUUGGAAGUUAUCUGCUGACAUCUCUUGACACUAUAACUGGAGGAGGAGCGAAAAAUAAUGGUGAAUUCUUUGGAAAAUUUAUAUCUACGUUAGUGAAAGGGACGAGUGCGGGUGGAGAUCCAGACGCGUCGGGCUCAGAUGAACAGAAUGGAAUGAAGAUGGCCGACUCCGUUGGUUUCUUCGCAAGUCUGAUCAUGGGGCUGCUUGGAGAUAUGUCCAAGACCAGCUCUGGCGGUUGGAGAUAGAGUCUCAAAGAACUGUGUUUUAAAGACUUUGUAAAUCUAAUAAAUAAGAUUAAAUUCUUUUACUGAUUGAGUAUGCUCUGCUUUGCUCUGGGCCAGUCGAAAUAUGGGUACAGUUAAGAGCAGUUAUUUAUUUUAAUGUAAUUAUAUGUCCCACAUACUAGCGAACCUGAAUGUUGUUAACGAUGCUCACGUACCAUAGUUAUUUAUUAUAAAUAAACUUCUCGACGCAAUUGGUCACGCGUUGGCCUUCGUUGCGUGAAGCCUAUCUUUUUCAUUAAACUGCAGUGUUUAUUUGCAUACCUACUUAAUUCAAUGCCUUCUAGAAUAUAUUUUUAUCGUCCUCUUUAGGUACAAUAUACAUUUAUUUGGUACUAUAAUGUUGAAAUCAUAAAUAAAACAAACUUUAAAAAACAUCGAUUUCUUACAUUUAAUUACAGAUACAUGACAUGAUUGUGGUAAGUUAAAAAAAAUCUUCAUAAAAGCACCUUUAACGACGUGAAAACAGCACAAGUGACUUAUUAUAUUUAAAAAAUAAUAUAUUAUUUAUUAUAAUAACGACGAUGACGAUAUUAAUUAAUUUUAUUAAUACUUAACUUAAUGUUAAUAAAAUAUUAUCUGUAUUUGUGUGCAGUCGCAGUCAUCGCACUCGUCACAGUCUUCCACGUCACCGCUGUGGACCCUCAAGAUGGACGUCCUCCGAGCACUGCUGCAGUUCGGCACCAGCAUGCUGGGCCUCGCCUCCUCCUCCUUCUCAAAUGCCUCCGUGUAGUCGCCUUAACUUAGUGUAUAGUGUUGUGCCAAAAUGUUGUAGUCAAUAAAGUAGUUCUUUUAAUUACAA